GUAGUAAAAUAAGCAGAGCUGUAUUCAUGGGUUCCUCUCCGUAAGAGAGGUGGAUUUAGAUAAGACAGAAGGAUUUCACAGAAAGAAAGAAGGAAACAGAAAUAAAGAAGCAAAGGGAGAAAAAAGAAGGAAAGAAAGAGAGGGAGAGAGAAAGAGGCUAUACACAUUUAACAGGAUUUUUCUAAAAGCAUUCCAACAAUCUGAGGAGGAGUUAUCUCAGAUCAGCAUCUUGCAAGAUGUUUUACAAGGACUCAGCUCACUGACCUCUGAUGAAGAGGUGGCUUAACGCGGAAUAUUUUUGCUGUUUUAAAGCGAAACUCUUUCUUCCUUUAAGACGUUUUUCUUUUUUCCUGACUGAAAUCAUUCUAAAGUCACUUUUCAAAAAGAUUUCAUCACCUCCUUUGCAGGAUACGUGAAUUUCAAAGACAUUUCUUUACUCCCCAAAACCUUUGAGGCAAAGUGCUGAAUGUUUCUCAAGUUGACUGGAAGUAAACAAAUCUCAGAAAAGCAUUAACCCUUUACUUUACAUUCUAAAUGCUUUUGGGCAACUAAUUUAUGCUUUCAUUUAUUAAGCUUUGAAAAGACAGCUGUUCACGUGAGCUGUUGAAUUUGAAGUUGAUCCUGCGUAAACUGAACUUCUUGUCAAUGCACAGUUUUUAGACUUCAGCUGAAUUUUCCCACAUAUUUGCCAAGCUGCUGUUGUAAAGCUUGCGCAGAUAUUUACAAUUUUAGCAUCUGGGUGAAAGAGAGAAAAAGAAGGGAAGACAGAUGGCUCAGAAAGAAGGAGGAACAGAGCAGGGGCGCCUUAAAACAGAGGACAGUCUAGGGACCAAAACCAUGGCUGGGGCCCCCUCGGCUGGUGGAGGAGUGGUGGUGGAGGUUCGGGAGAAGAAGGGACCUCUCCGGGCUGCAAUACCCACAAUGCCUUUCCCCGUGGCUGUCAUUUGUCUUUUCCUAAACACCUUCAUACCUGGGCUUGGAACCUUCGUCUCAGCGUUCACCGUGCUUUGCGGCGCACGCAGCGAGUUGAUCUCAGAGAGAGGCGUGUGCUGCGUGUUCUGGCUCAACAUGGCGGCUGCCCUCAUCCAGAUCCUGACAGCCGUCAUAAUGGUCGGAUGGAUCAUGAGCAUCUUCUGGGGGAUGGACAUGGUCAUCCUGGCGAUUUCUGACGGCUGUAGAGACCAAGGUAUCCCUCAAGAUGUCUGAGACGCGUCUCUCUCGCAUUCACUGACGGAUCAUAUGAAGCUUGCCCAGCAAAACCACAACGAAGGCAAACUUUUAACGACUUUUAACUUGAUAUUGAGUUGACAACAGCGUAUGGCAGCGAUGUGUAAAAAAAAAAAAAAAAAAGAGUGGAUAUGAAUUGACUCAUGGCUGGCUGCUGAUUUGCUCAACACCAGACUGCAUUUGUGUUUAUAUUUAAAAAGAAUUUGGACAUAAAAAAAAAAAAGAUCAUUGUGUUUUAUCUUAGAGAGGAAUCCUUUCCUUGGCUUUUGUUUUUGCCAAAAAGGAAUAAUUGUUAGCUAGUGUUUGACUUCAGUAUUAGCUUGAAAAUUUUUUGAAAAUCCAGUGAAAUUGUAAAUCCAACAACAACAAAAAACAAUUUCAUAUGAUCAUUAGCUGUUUGUGAAAUUUGACAGAAGGCCAGAUUGUUGUUUCCACUGCUGAACUGGAAGCUGAGCAGCUAUGUGUCACAUUAUCUUUGGUUUCUCUUAAGGUUUCUCUUAGGUUUAUCUUAGGUUUACUCUCUGCUUAUAGAGCUGUAAAUUAGCACAAGCUAGGGCAUUAGCAUCUUUUACUUGUAAAUCUUGCAAUAUUUUUAACCUCCCCAUUAAAUUUCACCCCUGCUUAAGAAUGGCUUAGUGCUUUCAUUGUUAUUAUAAUUAAAAGAAAUGAAAUAUUUAGUGGCAAACAGCUAGUGGUGGAUACUUUGUUAGCACAAAUUAAUGCUAACACUUUACAGAAAGGGCUAGCAUGGAAUCAGUGCAUUACCAAACAAACACAUCUUUCUCAAAUAUUUUUAUUUCAACUCUACUCUUUUGUUUUAUCUUUAAAAAAUAAAUUACAAAGAUGUUUGCUAAGAAUAUGACUUUGCUAGUUAAAAUAUGCUUGUUUAUAAAAGUUUUCUUUCCAAAAGGAUUCAUCUUUCCUCAUUUGAAUUUUCACACAUCCUAAAUGUGUAAAUCUGUGCCAAUGGGAUUUUACACAUUAUUCAAGCUUCAAAUCUAAUUAGCAAGUCUUAAAAUAGUGGCUCAUUGCGCUUGACGUGGCCACAACCCCGUCUGUCACUUUAAAGAAAAGACUAAGCCUUGAGAGAUUGCGGCUGGUUACAAGUCUGCACUGUCAUAAAUACAACACUCCCAAUGUUGGAGACUGAAAGUGGAACAGUACCAGCAAAGGAAUCUGAGAGGGCAUCGGGUUAAAAGUGAGAAAAGUCUCAAUCAUCCACUAGAAGGUUCCCUUGGAAUCGUUGCUCUGAACAAGAGCUUUCUCAUGGUAGCCAGACAGCGGACCGCAUCGCUGGCUUGUUUCCAGGAACUUUAUCAGAGGUCAAAGAGCAUCCUGAAACCAAAUAGCUUCCCCAAACUUGAGCAGCAAAAACUUCAGGAUCCGGAGCCAGACCAGGGUCAAAAGCUAAUAACUCCUGGAUCUGGAUCGGCCUCAUAUUCAUACCAACUUGUUUAUUAUUUUUGAGUAGGUGAGCCACUGGGUCACUUUGGCUCGACUGCGAUCAAAAGGAGCGCAUUAAGUCAAAACCUCUGUGAGCUCGUUUGCUGAAAAUGUUUUAAAAAUACGUAAAGUGUGCUCAGAGAAGGUCAUGUAUGAGCUGACUCGAGCCAAGUGAAAGUUUGGGUUGGCAAAUGUAUUCUAGAUAAUAGUCUGUUUUUCUUUAUAUACAAGCUGAGAAUAAUGUGAUACACAGUGGACACAGAUUAUCACAGUUUGCUGCUUUCCAACUCCUAGGAUCUGAUGGAGCUGUAACUACUCCGAUUAACACACAGCAACAGUGUGAAUGUAUUGAAAUUUGCUAGUGUUUUAUUCAAAGUGUAUUUGUAUACAAAGUUCCUUCAUUUGGUCAAAGCAUAGUGUAAUUUUAAAACUGGCAUUAACAGAUAUUGCUUUCCUGCCACUGUAACAUAGUAUGUGGAGUAGUGGGGUAUUAUGCGGGACAGACAAAACGGCUACAAAACGUAAUGAUUAAAUUGGUAAUUGUGUCAGCUGCAUCAAACUUAAUGUGAACAUUUCAGGUUCGGUUCCCGUACCUUUUAUGUGUCGUCUGUAUUUUUAACCAAAUGCCUUUUCAAUGAUACUGCUGUUUUGUAUAUACAUAUAAAAAACAAUGUUUUUAUGUCUUUUUAUGUUGUACAGUGUUUAUAUGCAAGAUGAUGAUGAUGAUGAUAAUAACAAUGAAUGAUGUCUGUAAAGGUGAUAUUAUUCUAUGCCUUACAACUGAUCCAUGUUCUCUUAAGUGGCUGACGUGUCUUCAUUUUAUUUAGACUUAGAAGCAGUUUAAGCAUCCAGAUAAAACAUAACACUGUAAGUAUAUAUUUAGUAACUUCUGGUAUGUGUCAUGGGAAUCCUUGUAUCGUUGUUUAAUAAUGACUUUGUGCUAGAGUUUUUGGUGAAAACGUAUUUGGCUCCCUCUGUCUUUGCUUUUCUGUUAGAUGAGCAAAUAACUUUUUUUUAAAUUAGACACAGCUAACCUGAGUAAACACAAAAUCUUCUUUUUAAAUUAUGAUUUUGUGUUUCAAUGGACAAAAGCUAUACAAAACAAGCUGUUGGAUUGGACAGCUUUUGUCACUUAGCUCCAGACUAUUUUCUUUAUCAGUGAACUUUUUUUAUUUUAUUUUUUUUGCUGUCAAAUGAGAGUAUAUAAUGACGUGUGCUUGCCAAUACAAAUGGAGAUCUUAGAACUUUAAGUCAGAGUUUCAGCUUAUUUCUGUGGCACUAGGAUAAACAUAAGCAGCUUGAGGAAAUAGUCAGCCUAAAAUGUAACUUUCGUUUGUGUGGACAUUAAUUACUGAAUUAUGUACGUUGUUUUUUUUUCUAUUGAAAUCGCAAAUGUAUUCUUCCUAGUUUUUCCUGCUUAUAAAUUCAAGCGCUGUGGGUUUCUGUUUUACCUGCAGCCUUUACCAUGUGGUCAGCCUUAGCUUCAUUUCUAUGUUCAGUUUUUUUUAUGAUUGCAAAUAAAGUGUGAAUUUAUCUCUGACUCAUGAACAAACCUACACGUCUGAACAUGGCUGUAGAGCCUCCUGCUGAUGGUGAUGUGGCAGUAGUCAACGCUGAUGUCUCUGUUGUUUUGAACAUUAAAAAAAAAAAAACA